AAGAACUGUGAUUACUUUCCUUAAGCUAAGUUAUCUCAGUAAUGGUCAGUCAAAUUGAACUGAAAUCGUUCUCAUUUCCUGGGAAGAUUUACGACAUCGAUGUCACAUGCAAAACACGAGAUUUUAUGGACUAAUCAGUGCAAGGCUGAAAAAAGAUAGCUAAAUCCGAAGACGAGCAAGGAACCCAAUGACGUAAGCAUUAAUUAAACAUCGUGAUUUUAAUUUUCGUCUCAAUAAACUCACGCAAGGAGGAGGGUUGGAGCGCACGCAGAAAGAAACCUUACGGAUGAAACGUGUUGAUCUAAAUAAAACACGAUAGUCUGGCGAAUCAAAUAUUGGAUCAAUGCUUCCAUCCGCUUCGGCAUCUGACUUACUGGCAGCGCAUGACUGCGAAAAUCUAACAGGACAAUUUGAUAAAGUAAACAUAUAAUCCCUAGGAAAUCGUUUGUGUCGUCAACUUAAGGCGGAGAGUCGUCGUUAGAAUGGCUGAAUGUGCUCCUAAAGAUGUGACAUCGGACAUCUCUAGUGAAAAGGUGGGGGAAAACAAAAUGUCACGCACCACCAGGGGGAAUAUAAUAAUAUUCGCAAUGGACGGUAGUGAUAUAGCUAUAGAUGCAUUAAAAUGGUACGCAGCAAAAUGUCACCGACCUCAGGACAUUGUAGUUCUUGUGUAUGCGGUAGAGAUGAGUGAAAUCUUCACCUCGGCGCAGUGGCUUCAAACACCGAACAGAGAAGAUGUGGAUGCUUUCCAGACAAUAUUUAAACAUGAAAUAGAGAAGAUACAGAGGAAGCUUCAGACUUUCGCAAACAUUUUAAGACAGCUUGGAGUAAACGGAAGUGUCAGAAGUACGCAUGCGUCGAAGCCUGGUGAGGGAAUAAUCAACAUAGGAAAGGAAUUAAACGCCACUAUGAUAGUUACUGGAAGUAGGGGUCAUGGAAAAAUCCGGAGAACACUUCUAGGCAGCGUUAGCGAUUACCUGAUUCACCAUGCUGACAUUCCAGUGCUCGUAUGUCGAAACCAGCUGUCAAAGUGAGAACAGCGAUAUGUCAUCAUUGUGUACAUCUUUUUUCUCUUUGCCGGUUUGUCAACAAUCGCGGAGGUGACGUAUGUGAAUUGACAUGAUCUGCUCAUUUUUUAACAUUUGACAUUUUUCCAAGACAUUCCAUACAAAUAUUACAACACUGAAAUCCCAGCAAAUUUGGAAAAUCAAUAUUGAAGGCGUCUUAUCCAUUAUUUUGCAUUAUACCAAAAUACAGAAUACAAAGGAUUUAAAACCUUAAUCACUUUAAAAAACACUUAAUACCGAAAUUUCUUUUUAAAAAAUUAUACAAAAAUAAUAACAUAUUAUAAGCAUGUUGGUAAAUGAAAAAAAAAUAUGCAUAUUGAUCUUUGAAAUAUGUCAAUUGUUAGGCUUUUGUUUUUUUCUGAACUGACAUAAGAAAGUUCCUGAUAAAUACAUAGAAAGCUCACAACAGGAAUGACCGGUCAACAAGGGAUGCUUACUCUUCCUAGGCACCUGAUCCCAUCUCUGGAUUUCCGUGUCCUCUUCACAUAUUUGUGUUCUUUAAUUUUUUUUAAAAUCGUUUAUUGUUUUUUAUCGUCACUUUUUAUACAUUGUGUAAAUAUUACAUUCGUUCGAGGCAUAUAUUUGAAAUAUUCCUAUAUAACACCAAACAUUUAUAUCACAUUAAGCCAGAUUCAAAUUAUUAUUUUCUUGAUUGGCAAUGAUUUAAUUAAUAUAUAAAACAUAUGGAGAUAACAAACAGUAUUCCAGCUUUAAAGCUUACACAAUAGGAGUGGAGCAAACAAGGACCCCCAAAACAUCAAAGCUUGGAUCAGAUGUAAUUGAACAUCCCCUGCCGACCGUUCACACCCAGUGUGUACUUCUAGUUAUGAUUGGAAAAUACAGAAAAAAUCCGUCGAUAAUUCAGUGUGUAAAUAGUGGUCUAUAAAAAUAAGUAAGGAAACAUCUCUCAGCAUUUGAUUUAAUGAGGUUUUAUUCCUCAUUCUGUCAGAUUUCUCAAUAUUAUUUACUAACCUGGUCUAUUUUUUUCAAAAUGUUGUGUAAAUAUGAUAUUAAUUGUUGUUAUUACAAAACUAAUUUGACCAAAGCAAUGACAUUUAAAAAUAUUCUCGAUAUGAACAAUAUGGUAAUAGCUUUCAUAAGUUUAUUGUCUUUUACACUAUACAAGACAAAGUCAAACUAAAAAAAUGAUGUCAUUUCUGCCAAGUUGAUAACUUAUGAUUAAAGACAUACAUGUAUCUUGAACAGUUCUAUAUCUAGAGACGUACAUUUCUACAUUUCUGAAAAAUCGUCAAAAAGUCGGAAUGUAUAUAUAUUUUUUUCAUUCAUAGCAUCUGUUAAUUCCAACACAGCACCUUCUUUCUUGUUACGUAAUGCUUGAUUUGUUGAAUCAGCUUCCUGCCUUCUCAGACCGGAGUCACCCAAGAUAAACAGUUAAUGAUCUUGUUUAACUUCCAAGAUUAAAAAAAAAUCAAAUGGAAAUAAAUAAUGUUAAAUCUACAAGCUUAUAAAUCGAUAUGCACAUGGAAUAAUCAAUUGACUUUAUUUAAAUUAUGAGGUUGUUAAUUUUAGAUAUGUACGUUUUCAUGUUUGGUUGCUAUUUGUGACAAAUGUUGUUGAUUGUGCUUGUGCAAACAGAUUUGCUUUUAAAAUACAAUGCCUUCUCAGAGACAGCUAGACAAGGAUUUUCUAGAAUUAAAUCAAAAUUAACGUCUCAAAUAAAACAGGAAAAAAGUGUUUUCUAUUCUAAAGAAAUUAAUGUCUGAUUAUGUUUAUAUGAUGAAUAUAUAACAAUUAAUAUGUUGAAUUAUUGUUGUAUCUUAUGUUAUUAAACGUUCAUGUUUGCAA